UACUCAGCGGGGCCUGUGUGGGCUCUGCAGCUACCAGAUGGGGGCGAGGGGUCCCACGGGAGCCCGCGGACGAGCCUCGUGGAUGCUGGCUGGGGGCGUCCUGGCCGCGGCCCUUGUGCUGGGCGCGGGUCCCCGCGCGUUCCCACCCGUCUUCUCUGCACUGGGCCCAGGCGCACCAUCCCGGCCCGGCUUUGCCCAACCCCAGCCAAGCUCUCAGUACAGAGAUAUUUCAAGAGAAGCCCAAGGUCCCUCUGAGAAUGGAGUGAUAUUUCAAAAAUGCUCACUGGUGUCUGGGCAGAGCGAGUCACCGACCAUGCGUGUGCAGCUGUCUGUGAACAACACCAGGACACCCACGUCAGCCAACCUUUCGGACCUGCUUGUGCUUGAUGAGAUCGCUGGCCUCACUGUGAAGGAGUCUCCUGGAAAUAAGACCCAGGAUGGGAUCCAGGCUUUCAGAGUGAAGUUUCUGAAAGUGGGAGAGUGCUACUCUGUCAGCUACAUGGCUUCGCUGGACCCCACAGCUCUUGGAACUGGAAAGAGCCUGGACCUUCCAGCCCUGCUCAUGUUUCAGAACCCCUCCUCACAGAACAGAACGCAGAUAAAAACCCCCUUUACCAUCACAGUGGAAGAAAAGAUAACGGUUCUGCCUAACCAUGGUCUCCAUGCAGCAGCCUUCAUCGCAGCCUUCCUCAUCUCCCUCAUGCUGACCUUGGUGAGCCUGUUCUUCCUGGCACAGGGUUGGUGUCUUCAGGGAAGCGUGCUGGCCAGAUGCCGGGACCCCGGGAGCAUGCUUCAAGCCCUAGAAGAGUUGGAGAUCGCAACCCUGAAUCAAGCAGAUGCAGACCUGGAGGCUUGUCGAAACCAAAUUAGUAAGGACAUCAUCGCUCUUCUGAUGAAGAAUCUGACCAGUAGUGGUCACCUCUCUCCACAAACAGAGAGGAAGAUGGCCAGUGCUUUCAAAAAACAGUUUCUGAUGCUGGAAAAUGAAAUACAAGAGGAGUAUGAGCGGAAGAUGUUGGCACUGACAGCAGAGUGUGACCUAGAAAUGAGGAAGAAAACAGAAAGCCAGUAUCAGAGGGAGAUGCUGGCCAUGGAAGAAGCAGAAGAGGUGUUGAAGCGAGUUAGUGAGAGGUCCGCUGCAGAGUGCAGCAGCCUUUUGCGGACCCUCCACGGGCUGGAGCAGGAGGACAUGCAGAGGUCCCUCGCUCUGCAACAAGCAGAGGAUUUUGCCCAAGCGCACAGGCAGCUGGCUAUCUUCCAGAGAAAUGAAUUGCAUAGCAUCUUCUAUACCCAGAUACAGAGCGCUGUUGCCAAAGGGGAACUGAGGCCCGAGGUGGCCAAAAUGUUGCUGCAAGACUAUUCUAAAACACAGGAGAGUGUGGAGGAGCUGAUGGACUUCUUCCAGGCCACCAAGCGGUACCAUCUCAGCAAGAGGUUCGGCCACAGGGAGUACCUGGUCCAGAGCCUGCAGGCCAUGGAGACCCGUGUGCAAGGGCUGCUGAGCACCGCAGCUAGCCAGCUGACAAGCCUCAUCCACAAACAUGAGAGGGCCGGGUACUUGGAUGAAGAUCAGAUGGAAAUGCUGUUGGAGCGUGCACAGACGGAAACCUUUUCUAUAAAACAGAAGCUAGACAAUGACUUAAAGCAGGAAAAGAAAAGGCUCCACCAAAAAUUAGUAACUAAGAGAAGGCGAGAGCUUCUGCAGAAGCACAAGGAGCAGCAGAAAGAGCAGGUGUCCCUUGGUGAGGCCUCCAGCAUUGCGGAGGAUGCAAUCCAGUACCUGCGCCAGUGGAAAAGUGUGAUGGCCGAGCACACAGCUGCCCUGGAGGAGUUGCAGGAGCGUCUGGACCAGGCUGCCCUGGAUGACCUCCGGGCCCUGACCGUGUCACUGUCUGAGAAAGCCACAGAGGAGCUGAGGCGCCUGCAGAGCACAACCAUGACACAGGAGCUGCUGAAACGCAGUGCUCCCUGGCUCUUCCUGCAGCAGAUCUUGGAGGAGCACAGCCGGGAGUCUGCCACCCGCACUGCACAGCUCGAGGCAGAGGAGAGAGAGCAUGGCCAGGAGCUGGUGCAGGGCGUGAGGCAGAGGCUACAGCAGGACGCACCAGAGGCCUGCACGGACGAGCAGGCAGAGCUGAGGCAUUGGGAGCACUCAGUGUUCACGAAGCUCUGCUGUGCAGCCACCUCACUGUCUGAAGAAGACCUGCUCAGGGUGAGGCAGGAAGCCCAGAGCUGCUUCACCCAGCUGGACCGGAGCUUGGCCCUCCCCAGAGUCCGGGCGCGAGUGCUGCAGCAGCAGUUGCAGAUGGCCUGGAGGGAAGCAGAGUUCCGGAAACUGGACCAGGCCGUGGCUGCGCCUGAACUGCAGCCCAAGGCUAAAAAGCUACGUUCCAAGGGCAGAGGCAAGGCGGACCUUCUGAAGAAGAGCCUGGAGGAUAAGAUCCGCCUCUUCGAAGAACGGGCCCCUGAAGACCUGGCUGACAAGGUGCGAGGGGAAUUGCUCCAGGAGAGGGUACAGAGGCUGGAGGCCCAGGAGGCACACUUUGCUGAAUCACUUGUGGCUCUGCAGUUCCAGAAGGUAGCCCGGGCUGCUGAGACCAUCUCAGUCUACACCGCCCUGCUUAGCAUUCAAGACCUGCUGCUGGGGGAGCUGAGUGAGUCUGAGACAUUGACUAAGUCAGCCUGUGUGCAGAUCCUGGAGUCCCACAGCCCGGAGCUGCAGGAACUGGAGAGGAAGCUGGAGGACCGGCUGGUGCAGCAGGAAGUAGCUGAGCAGCAGCAGGUCCUGGAGAGCUGGCCACAGUGGGUGGCCGAUGGGCCUGGGCUGAGCGAACCUGGGGAUAUGGACCCUGAAAGGCAGGUGUCUGCCAUCCUGCGGCAGGCCCUGAGCAAGGGCCAGAACAUACUGGAACAGCAUCAGCAGAGGGUGAAAGAGGAGCGGCAGAACAGUGCAGUGCUGGAAGAUUCUCUGGAAAGCAUGGAGGCUGACACCAUGGCUAACCUGUGCAGUCAGGGACUGAGGCUGGUGUCGUACCUCUCAAGGAUGACAAUGUUGCCAGGGAGCACACUCCUCCGGCUCCUGAAUGUGGUGCUUCCAGCAGCUUCACAGCCUCAGCUACUGGCCCUGCUGGAUACGGUCAGUGAAAAGCACUCAGACCACACAGAGAAUGAGAGCAGUGUGGAGCAGGCUGAGCAGGGCAAGAGGAGGAAACACCAGGGCUGGUGGCAAGCUUUGGACAGCAGGCUGAGAGCAGAUCUGGUGAGUCAAGGACUAGAAAGGAUGCUCUGGGCCCUCCGGAAAAAGGAGAGUUUAUUGAAGAAGAUAUAUGUUCCCGUCCAGGAGAGGGUGAUGUUCUCUGGGAAAGGAAGCUGGCCACACCUAUCUGUAGAGCCCAUUGGAGAACUAGCAGCCAUCCCCAUCACAGGGGCAGACACCAUGGACAUAUUAAACACAGGAGAAAAGAUCUUUGUAUUCAGAAGUCCAAAGGAGCCUGAAAUCUCUUUCCGUGUUCCUCCCAAGAAGAAAAAGAAUUUUCUGAAUUCCAAGAAGGCCAGCAGGACCUUGGGCUUGGACUGACCCAGGGGGAAACACAGGAAGUGUCUCAAGGCAGUUCAUCUUUCUUCUGACCCCCUGGGUUGGUCUUAUGUCUGUCUGUCUGUCUCCUACAGCCUGCAGUAUACAUAUGCUUUCAGCAUAGACACAGUGCCACACACAUUGGCUCUCCAAUGCUAAGGUCCAAUCUCUUUUGUGCCACAGGACACAAACACACCUUCCUUCUAAGUCCACAUUACCAAGAUUUAGAGGGGUAAAUCACCUCACCUUCUUCACACAGACCUCUGCCUGUUUAUAGGAUGGGUCUCCAGCAGUUUAUGUAAGGAAGAUGCAGCUCUCUGUUGUCACAAUGAGUGUUACAUGUUCUGUUUUUCAUAAAGGGUACUUUAAAAAUGAA